AAAGUUUUUACUUUUCUUCGUUUUUUUUUUUCUUUUCUUCUUUGCCUUUUCUCUUUUCUCUUUAUUUUUCGCCCUUUUAUUGUGGCGAUCGAUCAUCAUCGUACGAUUCACGAAUAAUAGAUUCAAACUUACAUCGAAUAAGGGACAACGGACGAUAUGCUAUUUUGGAAUUGAACAAAAAUCGUACGUGUUCGUCUAACGCGUAAGAAACAAUAUAUAAUAUUUUCAAGAUUUAUACGUGCCGCCCCUUUGUCUUUCUGUCGCUUAUAACACGUUCGUACGUUUUUAAAAACAAAUAGGGUUGACGAUUCUUACUGUAUUACACGAAUUAAUGUAAAAAAAAGAAAAUCACCUUCACAAAGUAGAUCUCAUUCGAAACGAUCAUUUAUAGUCUGAUUUUUAUUUUCUUCUUGAAAGGCGAUACAAUAUUCUGUGAAAAUUAUUUAUUGUAUAAAUACUCUAAAGAGAGAUAAAGAGAGAAAGAGAGAGAGAAAGAGAGAGAGAGAAUUAUUUGCGAGAGAUCAUGCGUUCGAACGAAGUCAAUUUAACAUCCUGGACGAAUGUCCUGACGUUGCAUCGAACUUCCUGUAACGGGAGCCUUUACGACUGUGCUAUGAAAGAGUGCAUCGCCGCCGAAUCGAUCGAUUUAGAUCGAAUUUGUGACGUCACGAAGAACGCAAUAAUACCGAUGACGAACUUACUAUGCAGAUCAUGCAAUUACACCAAUUGUCAGGUGUCAUUUAUUUUAAAUAAAUUGGAAACCAGCAUCGAGGGUAUCUUUUUAUCGAGGAUAACGAACUUUGACGGCUGCGUUUCGAGCAACGGCAAAACUGAGAUCCUGGAAUGCAUCGAUCAAAGAAAUAUUGUCGAUGGUGACGAUAUAGAAUUGUAUUGUUCGCGAAAAUCAACAGUGGCCAUUCGUCGAACUGAUUGGAGAUUCCUUUUCGUCUCCGUUAUCAUAGUAAUAGCUGGUGGUCUAGGAAAUACUCUGGUUUGCUUAGCCGUUGUAUUGGAAAAAAAGCUUCACAAUUUAACCAACUACUUUCUACUAUCUCUCGCCAUUGCCGAUCUUCUCGUCAGUCUUUUCGUUAUGCCAAUGGGUGCAAUUCCUGGAUUUUUAGGUUAUUGGCCACUCGGCAUCGUCUGGUGUAACAUUUAUGUGACCUGCGACGUUCUCGCAUGUUCGGCGAGCAUUAUGCACAUGUGUUUUAUUUCCGUGGGCAGAUAUGUAGGCAUUCGUAACCCAUUAAGGACACGAAGGACUUAUACGAAACGAAUCGUUGCCCUUAAAAUAACAACCGUAUGGUUACUAGCUAUGCUGAUGUCCAGUUUUAUCACCGUACUAGGCUUGAUCGAUCCGAAAAACGUAAUGCCGGAAACAACCACUUGCGCCAUCAACAAUAGAAUUUUCUUUAUCUUCGGAUCCUUAAUUGCAUUUUACAUACCGACGAUCGUUAUGGUGCUGUCUUAUGUACUGACUGUACAAUUACUCCGAAAGAGGGCGCGAUUUAUCGCGGAAAAUUCAAACGACGAUCUAUCGCUUGGGAAAUUGAUUGGAAAAUUUGUUUCCACGAAAACUUCCUCGACCGAACGUGAAAAUACAAGAUCUCUUAAAUUGUUAAGUGGAAAAACAAAUGGGAAGAUCCUAGCUGCGAAUGCGAUAGCAUCCAAACAGAAAGCCAGCAAAGUUCUUGGAUUGGUAUUCUUUACGUUUUUAAUUUGUUGGGCACCAUUCUUUGCAUUAAACAUUAUAUUCGCCGUUUGUCCAACUUGUUUUGUGCCACGGCACGUAACAGACACGUUUUUAUGGUUAGGUUAUGCAUCUUCCACUAUAAAUCCUAUCAUUUAUACGAUUUUCAACAAAACUUUUCGGGCUACGUUCGUACGUUUAUUGAAAUGCAAAUGGUUCAGAUAGUAAUUCUAAAUGCGUUCUAGUAUUAUGUAUUUUAGUUUUUCUUACAUCUGUUUUCUUGCUUCUUAUUUAUAAUUUUUAUCUUCUAU